CGUUUCGCCGCUGUGCUCGACGUUCUCCUCCAUCUCGACGAUACCCGGCCCACCAUGCUGCCCCGCCAUCUUCGAAGUGCCGUAGUUACCUCUGCUGCGCCGGCGCAAAUCCGUGCAUUGCUCUGCACUCGCAAUGCACUACGCCCGCACUCCCUCCGGGCCCGUCCUGCUGUCUCACGUCCUCUUGCUGCAUCCUUCCACUCGUCAUCGCGGCGGCAAAAUGAGAUGCCAAAGUCACCGUUCCAGACUUUUGUUGAGGUUCUCAGGGAAGAGCUGAGAAAAAACCGGGAGCUGCAAGACAAUGUUAAGCAGCUUCAGGGCGACGUGGACAAGCUGCAGGACUCAGAAGCCAUGCGGAAGGCUCGGGCAGCUUAUGAGCGAGCGAGAUUGACAUCGAGCAUCAAAGAGAACCCGCGACUUCGAGCGGCAGCAGAGGAGCUCCGCAAAACGGGUGUCAAGGUCGGCGACGCCGUCUCAGAAGCUCUCAAGACUAUGGAGGAGAGCGAGCUUGCCCGUGCGAUAUCUCGUGCCUCGGCCGCCGUGUCAUCUACUAUCGCUUCCACGACAGAGCCAAUACGGAAUACGGCAGCGUAUAAAGUUCUCUCCGAGACCGUCGUAGAUGCCCUGGAUGACAGUGGAAGUGCAAAGCAUGCAGGCUUUGAGGAGAAGGAGGCGCGGCGGAAGCGGAGGCAAACGCGCUUGGCCAAGCUCGGGAAGGACAGCAUAACAGGUACUUCUCGCGCUGUGAAGGCCGACCCAGAAGCGGGUCAAGCGAUGGUCCUGCACAAGGACUCGCCGCGGCGCGAGAAGUGGGAGCGGCUGAAGGAGACGAACCCGCUCCUCCGUUCGUUCGUGAACUUGCGACAAGCAUAUGACGAGUCGGAGAACCCCGUUGUCUCAUCGAUGCGGUCGGUCACGCAGACGAUCGGGGGCUGGUUCGACGAGACGGAGCACGCGCAGGUCAUCCGCUUCAUGAAAUUGAUGGAUCCAACGUUCUCCAUGGAGGGUUUCGAGCGCGAGCUCCGGGAGUACAUCGUGCCAGAAGUCGUUGACGCAUACCUUAGUGCUGAUCAGGAGGCUUUAAAGGCGUGGUGUGGGGAGGCGACUUACAAUGUUCUAUGGGCCACGAUGGAGCAAUACCUACGCCAAGGCCUGAUCAGUGACAGCAAAAUCUUGGAUAUUCGGCAGGUUGAUAUUUCUGCCGGCAAGAUCUUGGAAAACGAUGUACCUGUCUUCGUCGUGACGUUCGCAACCCAGGAGAUGCUACUCUUCCGCAAUGUCAAGACGCGGGAGAUCAUCGUGGGCGCGGAAAACAGGGUUGAGCAGUGUCACUAUGCUGCUGUGGUCACUCGGGUGGAGGAGGAACUGGACAACGAGGUCACAGGAGGCUGGAAGAUUGUCGAGAUGGCACGCCGAUCUGCUCGUGCAUACCUCUAGUCCUAUCUACGCUAGGCGUGAUAUAUUAAAACGUUGCGCAUAUUGCUUUGCUCCUGAGACUGCCUGCGAGUGCGGACCUCUAGACAUAAUUCACACCACUCAUACACAUAACAAUCCAAAGUACUAGUAUAUUUGUCAUUCAUGAUCAUAGCGUCGUGGAUGGUAUGUAAUGACA